CAAACAUCAACCCUCUAAAAAUAUGCCACAAGAAGAACCAGAUUGAAGUCAGAUGCCCUGUAACACGUGCAGCGUCCGUGCCGGCUUCCCCCCUCACCUAUCGAUCAAAGUCAAAGCUUUUUCUAGGGUUUGAAAAUUUUCAACCCUUUGAUUUUUUAACUACUUUUUCUUCUUGGCUUUUGUAAAUGGAAAAUAAGUUACGCUGAUUGUCAUCAAGGUAAAAGAAAGUUUAAUAGCUGAUGAAGAUUACAGAUUAUCUAUUGGGUUAUUCGCCUCCUAUUUGGGCGACUUUGAUAGCUGGAGUGUUUUUAGUCAUAGCACUUACGCUUUCAGUGUAUCUUAUCUUCCAGCACCUCUCUUCAUACAAGCAUCCUGAGGAGCAGAAGUUCUUGAUCGGGGUAAUUCUUAUGGUUCCUUGCUAUUCUGUAGAAUCAUUUGUAUCAUUGGUGGAUCCAUCGAUUAGUGUCUAUUGUUCGAUUCUACGUGAUUGCUAUGAAUCAUUUGCCAUGUAUUGCUUUGGAAGAUACCUUGUUGCUUGCUUGGGUGGGGAAGAGCGGACUAUUGAAUUCAUGGAGAGACUAGGAUAUGCAAGUUCUAAAACUCCACUAUUGGGACUCGAUUGUGAAAAGGGAACUGUUAAGCACCCCUUUCCUAUGAAUUAUAUCCUAAGACCAUGGAAACUUGGCCAAUGGUUUUACCAAGUUGUCAAGUUUGGCAUUGUCCAAUAUAUGAUAAUCAAGUUAUUGACUGCUCUUUUAUCACUAAUUCUUGAAGCUUUUGGUGUAUAUUGUGAAGGAGAAUUCAAAUGGGGAUGUGGGUAUCCUUAUAUGGCAGUGGUUCUCAAUUUCAGUCAAUCAUGGGCUUUAUACUGUCUAGUUCAAUUUUAUACUGUCACAAAUGAUGAACUGGCACACAUAAAACCAUUGGCCAAGUUUUUGACUUUUAAAUCAAUUGUGUUUUUGACUUGGUGGCAAGGUGUAGCUAUUGCCCUUUUUUAUUCUCUUGGUCUGUUCAGAAGCAAAAUUGCUGAAGGCUUGGAGUUGAAGUCAAGUGUGCAAGACUUCAUCAUUUGUAUAGAGAUGGGCAUUGCUUCUGUAGUUCACCUAUAUGUUUUCCCUUCCAAACCUUAUGAGCUUAUGGGAGAUCGCAUACCUGGAAGUGUAUCAGUCCUUGGAGACUAUGCAUCUGUUGAUUGCCCUCUUGAUCCUGAUGAGGUUAGGGACAGCGAGCGACCCAUAAAGCUACGCCUACCUCAGCCUGACAUAGAGGCUCGAAGUGGAAUGACCAUCAAAGAAAGUGUGAAGGAUGUAUUUAUUGGUGGCGGUGGAUAUAUUGUUAAUGAUGUAAAAUUUACUGUAAACCAAGCAGUUGAGCCUGUUGAGAAGGGGAUUACUAAGUUCAAUGAGAAACUGCAUAAGAUCUCACAAAACAUCAAGAGGCAUGAUAAAGACAGGAGAAAGACAAAGGAUGAUAGUUGCAUUACAACAACAGCUAGAAGGGUAAUUCGCGGCAUAGAUGAUCCCCUCUUACAUGGGAGCAUUAGUGAUAGUGGUAUUGGAAGGGGAAAGAAACAUCGUAGAAGAUCGGGAUAUACUAGUGCGGAAAGCGGAGGAGAAAGCAGCAGUGAUCAGAGCUAUGGUGGAUAUCAGAUCAGGGGUAGUAGAUGGGUUACAAAGGACUAAACCUUAAAUGAAAAAUUGUGGUUACAUGAACACAAGACAUGCUGGCUGGUGUGAUUGCUUUGGCAGAUAUGCUGCUGAACAUUAUCUCUGCAUGAGGCGGCUGAAGAUUUGUUUCAAGUUUCUUGCUGUCAAUAUUCUCAUCAAUGGGGUAGUUGUUUAUUCAGGGCAUGGCCAUUGCAUAAAAUGAAUCAAGUAUUGCUUUUUUUGUUUGGGAGAGAUGUCCACGUGGCAAGUUUUUUUCCGGCCUAAGGUAUUCCGGCAGAAUCAAAGCUUGACUAAUGUCUAUAAAUAGCAUUUUGUAUCCUUGCUGUGAAAUGCACGACAUUUGAAAGCAUUUUUGCUUUAUCUUUAAUGUAAUUUGGAACAUAUAUGUGGCUUUGUGCUAUGAAAUGACGUAAUGUUUAUUCAUAUGUUGAUGACGUAAUAAAUAAGGCAUGGUGCGUUUUCA